AUGAAAUCCGAGUACUUCACACCGCAAGAACCGGCGAACUUACGGAAUUUCCCCCUCUACAAAGGGAUUUUAUGCAAGAAAAAGGGGGAGAGAUUUUGUAAGAGAAGAAGAGUGCUCAAUGUAAAAUAUGAAUUGGUGUACCCUUUGGGACGUCCAAGGGGUCCUAUUUAUAGAGGAGGAAGGGGUGUGGAUGAAGUGGUGUGGGUCAAAUCGUGUAAUCUUUCAAAUAGUUGCAACAUUCCAUCUUCACUAGCUUUUCGCUCGAGCAGCGCUUCAAAAAUUCGAGUAGAACAUACUUCGCUCGCUUUUAGCUCGAAUUUCGCUCGAGCGAACAUCGAACGACGGCGAUGCUGUCGCUCGAGCGAACAUCAAGCGAUGAUUUCCCCUUGGCAUGAUAUACCUUUGCACUUGGGCAAUGAUGUAUUCAAUUUCAUUGUUGAAAGUCCGAAAGAAUCAAGUGCGAAGAUGGAGGUUGCUACAGAUGAUCCAAGUGCUUCCCUUGUCAGUGACAUUGACGAUGUUGAGAAGCAUUUCCCGGGAACUCUUACUGCAAUCAGAGACUGGUUUAGAGACUACAAAAUCCCUGAUGGCAAACCUGCUAAUAAAUUUGGUCUUGGUAACAAGGCAGCAAGCAAGGAUUAUGCUCUCAAGGUUAUCACCGAAACCAACGAGUCUUGGGCUAAACUUGUGACAAGAUCCAUUUCUCCUGGUGAGCUCUCACUUCUAUACGUGUUUUGUGGCGAGUUUGGUACGUAGAAAGAAGCAAAAAUUUUGCUUAUUCUACCGUUAAGUCAUCUAGUAUACAAAACAUGUCUCUAGCUGCGGGAUUUUUU